AUGGACAAACCGCCGAAAUCGCGCGAGGAAGCCAAGGCCCAUAUUAACCAAAUUCGCAAACGGCGAGGAUUACAUAUAGAGAAUGAUGAAUAUUCUCACGAAUGGAAUAUAAACCAUGAGGACCUUGAAGCCGCCGUGUCCAUCCUGGCCGAGGGGCUCUAUGAAGAGUCCUCUCACUUUCUUCUUGAGAUGAUACAGAAUGCCGAUGAUUGCUAUUACGAUAGCGCAUCAAGCCCGACGAUGAAUAUCACGUACGGGAACGGUCGUCUGCGCAUCGACUACAAUGAACUAGGCUUCAGGGUAAAGGACGUUGAAGCUAUUACCCGAGUCACAAAGAGCACGAAGGUAGACCCCGCUACCCAGACUGGAGAGAAGGGCAUCGGCUUCAAAUCUGUCUUCAAAAUCGCCGACGUGGUUCAUGUAAACUCGGGUCCCUACUCCUUCAAAUUUGACAAAACCAAGAGAUUGGGCAUGGUAACCCCAAAAUGGGAGGAGUUUCCCGCUGAGCCUCAGCGUGGGUAUACCUCUAUCAUGUUGCAUCUACGGAGCGACGAUGAAGAAAAAGACCUAAUAGACGCCAUGAAGUCUAUGAGCUCGAAAAUUCUGAUGUUCUUGAGAAGACUACGGACUAUCUGGUUGUCGGUGACUAGCCUAGAUGGGACCACCUGGAGUAGCUCCCUUGAACGCUCAGACAUGACAAUAAAGGGAGAACACAUCACAAAUUUGCGCCAGGAUGGGACGUCUAGCAUGUACAUAGUCCGGAAACAUACGGUGACGGAUCUUCCUACCGAUCCAAAGCGUGGCGAUAUAACUGAAUCGGACCUACGUUUCGCGUUCCCAAUCACUGAGGACUACAUGGCACGCAUCGAACCUCAAUCCGUCUAUGCGUACCUACCCAUCCGAGACUACGGUUUCAAGUUUCUCGUCCAGGCGGACUUCCUGUUAAUUGCGAACCGCGGCGAUAUUGACAAGUCUUCUCGGUGGAACCGUGCAUUGUGCGACGCGAUGGUAGAUGCAUUGCUCGACGACAUACAUCACUUCAAUCUCUCGCCGUUGCGCUAUACCUGGCCGCGAUAUCUCCCCGACAACCGCUUUUGGGGCGGUGAUUUGUUUGACGGGUUUCGCAUUAAGCUGAUGGCGAGGCUGGUUUUAAGCCCAGUUCUCGAAUCAGAAGACGAAAACGGUCCAUUUUCAGCCCCAUGCAACCUGUACUAUGUCCCUGGGAGCUUCUGUGGCGAGAAAGGCACACCGUUGACCCGGAGCGCAAAGACGAUCUCAAAGUACCUGUCGUGCAAAUAUUCUCACUCUGAUUGGGAAUACCUGGAGAAUAUCGGCGUGAGGGGCCUAACGAACGAUGUGUUUCUGCAGGAUCUCCGAGAAAGUCUGUGCUGUAGAGGCUUUAUGCCAGAGCCAGAGGACCCUUGGCACCUCAUCAUUGCCAAGCUUCUGUGUCCUUUGAUGAGCACCCACAAAGCACAGCUGGUUGAGCUCCCUCUUAUUUUGCUGACUAAUAGGAAUUGGGUUUCCGCAUCAUCAGGCACGAUAUUCUUCCCUGGAGAGAGGGGGGCCUACUCAGUCCCAGAAGGCAUCGAGGUAUUUGAGGCACACCCAGACGCCCAAAGGGAUGGGUAUCGUGAGCAUCUGUAUCGGGGCCUUGGGGUGAAGCCAUUUUCGAUCUCUGAUAUACAACGAAUGGUGAUUGCGAAGCUCUCCCAGUCAUGGCUUACAUCGUCAACAAAGCAGAGUGAAUUGAUCUCUCAAACCAUCUUUCUGUUUAGGACUCAAUGGGAAAUGCCGCUUGAUCAAAUCCAACUUCCGAUACUUACCACGGUAGGUACACUUCUUCCGUCUUGGGAAGUUUAUAUUCACAUGAAUGGGCCAUACUAUGCCUCUCGGUACCUCAAAAAGCAUAAGGAGUCUUUCUUCGUGCAUAGAGGCUACGAGAAGAGGUUAACUAGUGAGGAGAAAGGUCAAUGGAACACUUGGCUACAGGACCAGCUUGGCCUACACAGCCUUCCGCGGCUUGUUCUAAAUGCGAAGGAUGAGGCUGCGAGGCUUUCAGCCGAGUUCUACCAUAUCUUACAAAUUCAUGGUUCAUGGAAGCUUUUAGUACUUUUGCGCGACAAUUGGACCGCUUAUUAUCGAGACUUCUCCUCGCCAAAGGAGGUGGAUGGAAAGGUACACCCAUUAUUGCGGAAAGAGAUGGGUUUAAUUCAGGUGACAUGCCAUGGUGGUAAUCUUUAUGCCCUGGAGCAAACCUCAACGGGAUAUUCUCUGCCUCAUGACCUUCUGGAGGAGAUCCUCCAAUUCCGUCAACCGUUCCUUGAUAUUCCCGACCCGCGUGAUAGCAGAUGGGACAUCCUAAGGAACUUCGGCGUGACUGUCGGAGAUAAUAUCAGCACCUAUCUGAAAGUUUUGGAUAGUAUCCAAGAUCACCAAGUUUCGAUUGAAUUGGUUUCCUGGUUGUAUAGGAAGAUCGAGGCUAAUUUCCAGAAUGACUCAGAUGGCGUGAAAAAGCUAUUCCAGGUCAAAAGAUGCAUUUAUGUCCCGGAGGGGAGUACCAGAACGGCUUGUCGUUGGGUUUCGAUGACUGAGUGCGUGUGGAGUGGGCCCAAUUGUCUUGAAAGCUUCCACAAACUUGAUGCAAUCUAUCCAUACCAUGGAGCCUUGUUCAAGGAGCAGCUAAAAAUCAGAGAUGCGGAUGUUGACACACUUGUAUCGGAAUUGACAACAGUCACAAUGUCAACCGCGCUUCGAAGGAUAAUCGACCUGUUGUUCGAGAUUGAGGAGGCUAUAAAGAACAACCUCUUCCAAACCCUGACGUCAAUAGGCGACCUUCUCCAGUGCCGGGUAUUCCCUCUGGACGAGGGUAGCGAUUCGACAAGGGGAUUUGAUGAUCUCUCAAGGGCUACGCCAGACUCCGAAUGGUAUGUUGCUGAUCUUCCCCACUUACGCAGCAGCUUUAGGGGGGUUGUAAGUUUACUCGCGGUGGGCGUUGACGAUCUAAAACGUAUUCCAUUUCUGUGCGACGUGCUGGGUCUAAAGGAGCGAUAUAUUUCGAAAAUAGCAAAGGGAACGCCGAUUGUUCAUGGAGAGGAGAUAGACUCGAGGCUCACGGAUGACUUUCGUUCAAAAUACAAGUUCUUGGACCGGCUCACACCGGAGUCAAUAUUCAGCCGUGCCCAGAUAAUAGAUCAGUUGAAAAAUAUAGAAGUCAGCCUUGCAGAUAAGGUCCUGAUUAAAUGGUGGAUCAAGUCCACGCUCCGUUCGUCCGAGGAUAUCUACGAGGGUCAUGUUUAUGACGAUGGCCUUCAAUCAGCAAUCAUGCCUUCUGCAGACGAGAAGCAACUGAGGGUAUGGCUGUUAAAGGCAGCUAACCCAUCCUGCCUUCCAUUGGAGCUUUCGGAACAAAUAGCUACUUUUUGUGGAAUUCCGAAACAAGCCGGCCUCGUAUACUUUAUUCUGAGCCAGGAUAAUUUAAGCGAUAUUGAACAGGCUCUUGACCGCCGGGGGGUUCCAAGAGUGCGAAAUACCAAUCCCACACAGAAAAGGGCUAGGGGCCAUACAGCGCAGGUGACUCGAUCCAAUGGGAUCACGUACGGCAAAUUUGACAAGAUGGCGCGCGAAGUCUGGGUUGCUGGAGACGAAAGCCGACAAGAGGGAGUUGAUGAUCAGGAAGAGGAGGAGGAGGGAGAAGAAGAUGAAGAAAACGAAGAAGUAGAAGAGGAGGAAGGAGAAAAAAAAGCAAAACAGGAGGAAGAGGAGCAGCAGGAUGCGAUCGAGCAUGAUAUAGAACCAUCCGACCUUAGUACGAGAAGUACGAAAUUUAACAGCCAGGGAUUGCACGUCGAGUUGAAUGAGCACCCGGGAAAUUCAAGUAUGACAAAAAGUGACAAUCCCCUAACCUCCAAGGCUGAGUCAACUCAACCGUCAAGGUUGCAACAUGGUGGCGAUGAUUCCUCUCCUUCUAUGAAGCAAUCUAAGGCCUCCCACGAAGAUAUCUCACGAAAGCGACCAAAUUACGUUGCCCUUGAUGAAGUGCCGGAGAUGAAGGAUUACAUUAGCCAACGCGAGGAACGACCUAGACAGAUAAUGGAGGACAGUAAUGCGCCGGACUUAUCGGAUUUGAAACCAUUUGAACGUGGCAGGGUCAUGGGUACGCCUCGUUUGAUCUUCGUCUCAAAUCGUCGACAGCUGCCUCAUGAAGAAUUUCCUAGCAAACAACGAAGAGGGGCGAUGCUUCCUGGACGGGUGCAAAUCUCCGCAACAGGGGACUGCACGGUGUUUGCAGCAGUGCAGCCGACAUAUAGGACGGACGAACAUGUUGAAUACCUCGGGGAACUUUAUGUCUCCAGACUACUUGAACGAUACCUUGGAGCAGAAUACAACCCAGAUGUUCACUGGACAAGCUAUUACCGCCGAAAAGCCGGUUACGCCCCCUUUAUCCAGAAUAGGAGACCAAUCACCCCCUUCUUGUUGAGUAACAGGUCUGGCAAGGCUAGUGCUGCAAUGAAAGACCUUCUUAUCCAGUCUGGAAUGACAUGGAAGCCCAAUUAUGAUCCUUUAGAAUAUUAUAUCCUGGUUAAGAUCACUACAGGUGGUCAGGAGUCCCCAUUUGCUAUGAGCAUCAGUGAACUGGACCUGAUACGUAGGUUGAGCAUUCGGGAAGGGUAUGAAGCCUUGACUCGCCCAAGGGCCAUUCUUGUGAGGGUAUACGACAUGGCAAUAAUCCCAAGCGCGUCCUUUUUUGUGGAUCCCUGGGAUAUAUAUGCGUCUGGCUAUAUGAAAUUGCAGGCUGAGAAUAGUUCAUUCAUUGCCGAAAUAAGGAGAUGCAUACCGGAUCUGUCAUUCGAAGACCUUCGGCUUUCCGGAAAGCCUUACGCUCGCUCAAUGUCACACAAGCUAGCAACAUUUAUGUCAUCUUUGAUCAACCCCGACAGGGGGGUGAGGGCGCGAAGUGAACUCGCGAAUGAGGAGCUGAGAUACCCCUAUGCUGCGUUACAAGAAGGAUCUGUACGGUUGCUCAGACUAUAUCCUGGGGAAAAUCAUGAAGAGCUUGUCGGGGAUCUAGAGCCUGUAAUGGCUGACUCACUUGGUUUGAAGUCUUUUUCGGCCGUAUCAUACGUAUGGGGAAGCAAGUUCAAGCCAUUCAUGUUGAGAAUCAAGGAAAGCCAAGUAGAUCUCCGCAUAACUGCUCCUUUAUAUGCCGUUUUGAAACGCUUGCGGCAUACAAACGACCCGGUUUACUUGUGGGCAGAUGCAAUUUGCAUUGACCAGGAAAACCUCCAGGAAAGAGCUUAUCAAGUACGUCUCAUGGGGAAUGUUUACAGAUUGGCAGAGCAUGUAUAUGCUUGGCUAGGGGAUGCAGCGGAUGAUAGUGAACUAGCCAUCACAUGGCUGAUGAAAAUGCAACGGGAUGACAAAUUAUCGCCUGAGUCGACCGGCCCAGUACUUCCACCCGCGGAGAGUGAAGUAUGGGAUGCUAUACAUAGCUUCUUUUCUCGUGAUUGGUUUCGGCGGGUCUGGAUUGUGCAGGAGCUUGUCCUUGGUUCAAAAGUAAUCAUGAUGUGCGGCGAUAACCGGUUAGAUUGGGAGGCGAUCUACACCCCUGCGCUUGUGUGCGCACAAGAAGCGGAAAAGUCAAGUGCUGCUACCAUGAAGCACAUAUCUCGGAGUGUUACUCCUGUACUCAGUCUUGGAAAGCUGAGGCGCGCCUACCAUGAUGUCCAGGAGCCGAGACGCAAUACUCAACAAGAUCUGCUAUCGCUGCUGAAAGAUUUUGACCACACUCAGGCUACAGAAGUCCGCGAUAAGCUAUUUGCCUUUCUAGGUCUAGCCUACGAUGGAGAUGACCCAGGCUUCAACCCUGACUACGAGUCUUCGCUGGAGGAUGUUGUUCACCGAUACGCAGGUGUUUUUGUCUGCAGGGGCAAAGGAAUGGAGCUUCUUUACCAGGCCGGCUUGUCCCAUUCGUGGCCAGGGUCAUUAUUCGCGUCAUGGGUGCCAAACUGGGUCACUACUACGGUCCCGAGGACUAUAACCACGUGGAGAAGCAUGCAGGGCCGAUUCUGUGCUGGUUCGCAUCUCUGGUGUGACUUAGAAUUGAGUCCAACAAAUGAGACUAUCUUGGUCUCUAAAGCAUGUAUAGUGGAUCGGAUUGCCUCUGUUGGUAGAGCUGCUUCCGGAUAUCCGGGGACCAUAAACUUUUUGAAGAUACUCUUCAGCUACAUCGAAUCCCUCCCGAGCUACCCAACUGGAGAGAACCCAAGGGAUCUUGCCUGGAGAAUACCAAUUGGCGAUGCGAGCGACCCCCCAUACGGGAGCUGGAAUGAGGUCGACUUUGGAAAGUCCUAUCAAGCAUUGAGGGAGUAUAUCCAACUCGGUGAUGAGACGACCGACUGGCAGACAGAAUUUAGCUCUAUUCGAGCUAUGGCUAAAAUGAAGCAAUUCCUUUUCCGUCCGCAAGAGCUACGUCGCCUUAUGUGGUCUUAUAUAUUUACGGCCCAGGAAUUCGUCGAUAGAUUUGUCGAUCCUAGAAUUUGCAUCACCAAGCGUGGCUAUGUUGGUAUUGUCCCUGGGACUGCACAAGUUGAUGAUCUGGUCGUUGUUCUCCACGGAAGCGCGGUCCCAUUUGUCCUGCAGGCCCAAAAGGGUACAAGCCAUUAUUACCAUUUGGGAGAAUCCUACAUCCAUGGUAUAAUGCAUGGUGAAAUUUGCUCGUUCGAUGAUAUUGAGACAAGCGACCUCUCACCGUUGAGUUCUCUCAGCCAUGUCGACCGGGCCACACGCGCAUUGAAUUUCAGCCUAGCCACCAGCAUCGUCAUCUAUUGCUUGUUUUUCCACCGUCUUCGUCGCUUUCCAGGCCCACCCUUGGUGAGCGUAACCAGCUUGCAUGAUGCCUAUAUUGCCUGGAGAACCCUGCAAUACAACGUGAAGAUUAAAAAGCUCCAUACCCAAUACGACGACUUCAUCCGUACCGGCGUGUCGCUAUCUUUGCGCAAGAGCCUCUAA